AUCGCCAGACUGCUGCAGGUCGCCAUCCCCCUUGGCUUUCAACUGUAUUUCUCAUUUCACGACCCAUAGAUUUUGGACAAUAAUUGGAGGCAUCCUACACUGAGAUUCGACUUCAAUCUCACCUGUACAUCAGUGCUCAAGUUCAAGACCUAUAUCCUGAGUUUUUCAAAUGUCUCCCGCUGUAAUGACCUCUUCUUUGGAGUCGGAAUUCGCCUCGAUCAUCGACGCUUUGCGCACUGCACCAUCCGGCCCAGCUUGUGACCAAAAUGUAAUCACUAUCCUUGAAAAUUUCGCACUCAACAAGAAAUCUGGAUGGGAACGAGAAUCUGGUGCUAUUGCAUUCCAGUCAUUCCCCGCUGUUCUCGGUCCCCCCAGUGCACCUUUCCUUCUCCCGAGCCUUCACGUUCUCUUCGAUUUGUUAUCUGACAAGGGAGAGGUUGUUCGGACUGCUGCAACAGCUGCAACGAAGGCUAUCCUCCAGCUCCUCCCCCCAGAAGCUACAAGAACCGUUUUCGGCAUUUUAGAAGAUAUCCUAGAGAAAGGAAAAUGGCAAACAAAAGUCGCAGCCCUAGAUGCUCUCAAGAGUUUCGUGGCUCGUGCGAAGGACUCAGUAGCUGAUGAACUUGGACAUAUCCUACCCAAGGUCGAAGUAGCAAUGCACGACACAAAAAAGGAGGUGGCUUCUGCUGCCGUCAAGUGUGCCACUUCUUUGUGCACGACACUCGCGAACCCCGAUCUCGCUCCCCACAUACCCGCUCUGGUUAAGUGUAUGUCUAAUCCUGAUGCAGCACCGGCUUGCAUAAAGGCGCUAUCGUCAACGACUUUUGUUGCCGAAGUCACGGCACCAGCGUUGGCCGUUCUCGUACCAUUACUCCUCCGUGCUCUUAAUGAUCGCAGCAUGGAAGUGCAGCGGCGUACGGUUGUCGUCAUUGAUAACUUAGUCAAGCUGGUCAGGAACCCCGUAGUUGCCGCAAGAUACCUUAGCCCUCUCGUAAUGGGUGUGCAAAAGAUUGCUGAGGGUGCCGCGUUUCCGGAGGUCCGUGCCUUCGGUGAAACGGCACUUAAUACGUUGCUCAAGGCAGGUGCAUCUACCUCGGGGACGCCGCCGACGCGGGAUGUCAGCAAGGAGGUGGCUGACGUUGUUGCCGUCUUGCUGUCACUGCUUCCAUCAGACCUUGUUAUCCCCUCUGCGGCUGGCCCGAAUGCUCCGCCAUGUGCAAGCCACCCUCUUUUGUCCCAAUCUUUACAAUUCCAGGGGUCCAUGGUUGCUGACCUUGUCUAUAAUCGGCGUUUCCAAGAUCCGGAAGUAUGGAAACGUUGUGUUGGUGUGUAUAUGACAUUCUGGCUGGGACCAGAGGGAUCUGCUAGCUUUGCUGAGUCGGCACGGGCACAUUUCCGUGCGAUUGAUCAAGCACUAAACAAAUCUGUGCACGACGAUCAGAGUGGCGAGGGCGAGCUUCUGUGUGACUCAUUGUUUUCACUCGCUUACGGUGCACUUUUACUGCUCUCGCACACAACACUCCGUUUGUUCCGCGGACGCCGUUAUGGUAUCCUCGGAACGAAUGGAUCAGGGAAGUCGACCCUUAUGCGCCAGCUUCGGGACGGCAAAGUGGAAAAUUUUCCUCCUCAAGAUCAAUUACGUUGUGUCAUGGUAGAGCACUCCUUGCAGGGCGAGGACACGUCUUUGUCUGUGUUAGACCUCGUGGCGUCAGACAAGGCUCUGGCACAAAUUCCGCGUUCUAAAAUACGAGAUCAAUUAUUGGAGGUGGGAUUCGAUGAUGCCCGGCAGUCAGACGUAGUCGGUGGGUUGUCCGGUGGUUGGAAGAUGAAAUUAGAGUUGGCCCGCGCAAUGCUUUACAAUGCCGACCUUCUUCUUUUGGAUGAGUUGGACCGGGCUUCCGUUCAAUGGCUUGAGAGUUAUCUCAUCGCUCACAAAAAUGUCACUUGCCUAAUCAUCAGUCACGAUUCUGGGUUUUUAGAUAAUGUGACUACUGAUAUCAUACAUUACGAGUCCAAAAAGCUCGUCUAUUAUCCGGGAAAUCUCUCAUCGUUUGUGGAAAAACACCCGGAGGCUAAAUCAUACUAUACACUAGCGGCGACAUCCGUUAAAUUCUCAUUUCCUCCGCCUGGCUCUUUGAUGGGUGUUCGCAGUAACACUCGUGCCAUUUUGAAAAUCCGAGUUGGUGUAAUCGGCCCUAAUGGCGCAGGCAAAUCGACUUUGAUCAAACUUCUGACGGGCGAGACCAUUCCUCAAGAGGGAACUGUAUACAAACAUCCAGCCCUUCGUGUUGGUUACGUCUCACAGCACGCCACUCACCAUAUAGAACGCCACUUGGAGAAGACGCCCAUCGGUUAUAUUCAGUGGCGUUUCCAGGACGGCCACGAUCGUGAAUUACUGGAAAAGGCCACUCGUGUUCUGACAGACGAAGAGAAGGAAAUCCUCGAUCAAGAUUGGGUUGGCAGGAAUGGCACCAAGCGCAAAUUGGAGCUUAUUAUGGGACGUCAAAAAUUGAAAAAGACAUUCCAAUAUGAGGUCAAGUGGCGUGGUCUCGACCACAAGUUCAACUCCUGGGUGCCUCGUGAUGAGUUGAUGGCCAAAGGUUUCGUAAAGUUGGUGCAGCAAUUUGACGAUCUAGAAUCCUCCAGAGAAGGUGCAGGUACCCGUGACACGUCUGCCCAACUUGUACGCAAACACCUCGAAGACAUUGGUCUCGAUGGGGACAUCGCGCAGUAUAAUGAAAUAUCGGGAUUAUCGGGAGGGCAAAAAAUCAAGUUGGUCAUUGCGGCCUGCCUCUGGAAUAAUCCCCAGGUUUGCGUUCUUGACGAACCGAGUAAUUUCUUAGAUCGUGAAGCGCUGGGCGGCCUUGCAGUGGCCAUCAAAGAAUGGGGCGGCGCUGUGGUGAGUCCGGAAAUAUGGCAGAUUGAAGCAGGGCGGAUGACACAUCAAGGAAAAGCCGCCGUUGUCGAGGAUGCCUUUACCGACCUGAAGUCCCCGAAGGGCAGCGGUGCUAAUACCCCAGCUCGCUCGCGAGUGCAGAGCCCGUCUGUUUCAGCUCAUGGGACUCCUGCAGGGAGUGGGGAUGAAGAAGCUGGCGCCACAAAGGUUGUCAAAAAGAAGAAGAAAGUGACACGCAACCAAGUGAAGGCCCAGGAGGAACGCCGGAGGUUGAGAAAGCUCGCGUGGCUCACUCACGGUGGUCCACGGCCUGAGGACACCGACAGUGACGUUGACCCUUGAGAUCGAGAGGCCAUGUGAAUUUAUCAGGGGCCAUUUCAUUCUGAUCCGCGGAUGCUUUUCGACAAGAUCUCUUAUAGAUUACCUUCCUUGAGUCAUCCUGUGAAGUAAUAGAUUUUCCGUUUCGUCGCGAA